UUUUAUUGCGUAUGGAUUUCCUUAAAAAAAUAGCUUCCUGGUUACUAUAGCUACAGAUACAUGCGGCUGCGGUGCUGCUCUUUGCUGCAAAUGUCCCCGGUGCUCUAUGAGCUCAGGGGCUACCGGGAAGUUUCCUCACGGUGAUGACUAUGGAACAAACUCAGACACCGGGGCUGCCUAUGAAAGCUCCCAAGAUUUAUGUUGAAAGAACUCUUGCUAUAAUAAAACCAGAUCUCCUUCACAAAGCAGAAGAAAUUGAGGAUAUCAUUCUCCGGAGUGGGUUCCACAUUGUUCAGAAGAGAAAAGUGCAUCUCAGUCCAGAGCAAUGCAGUGACUUCUACUCAGAUCAGUAUGGAAAGAUGUUUUUUCCUAGUCUGACCGCCUAUAUGAGCUCAGGCCCAAUAAUUGCAAUGACAUUGGCAAGACAUAAUGCCAUCUUACACUGGAAAGAAUUAAUAGGACCAGCAAACAGCUUGAAAGCAAAAGAGACACAGCCUGAUAGUUUAAGGGCAAUAUAUGGGACUGACGACCUCCGCAAUGCUCUUCAUGGAAGUUAUUGCUUUACAUCUGCUGAGAGAGAAAUUCGAUUUAUGUUUCCUGAAGCUCUCAUUGAACCUGUGCCUAUCGGCCAAGCCGCUACCACUUACUUGAACUUGUUUGUCAAUUCAACAUUGAUUGCCGGCCUCACAGAACUUUGCAAACAAAAACCAGCUGAUCCAUAUACAUGGCUCGCUGAUUGGCUUCUCAAGCAUAACCCAAACAAACCAGAUGUGGAACACUGUGUUAUUAUUCAAGAACCUACUAAAUAAUAACAUUUGGUAUAAAAGCUUAGCAGUCAGUGCUGCAGAAUGUAAUAGAUCUCUCUGAAAUACAGCUGACCUUUGUUAAACCAUUUUAAUGAAUUGUUUUAUUAAUUGAUGGAGAGAAAGUUGCUGUGAAAGAAUAUAGAAAUAUAAUUGGGUUGUAACACUGCAUUUAUGUGCAAAACAAGAGGUUUUUCAUGAAAUGCGUCAUUUAGUGCAAAAUCAGAUCCAGAUAGGUGCCCCUCCCAUUGACUUAUACUGGACCUCAACAGGUCUGAGAUGGUGGAUUUUCGGAUUUGGGCAACAUCAGGGUAUAAUAAAUCGGAAAAAAAUUAAGUUUUGUUUUUCCUCUAAAAAUUUGAGUUUUCUAGUGAAAAAAAACCCUCUCAUUCGAUUUUAACAUUUAAAUUUUAAUAAACAACCCCUUUAGAAUUCAUGGUUAUGGUGUUCUAUGUUGGUACCUAAUGUCAUUUGGGAGAUAAGUCUUUAUAGUAAAUUCAAAUUCCAAUUUUCGAGUUUUACAAUUUACACAUUCAAAUUUGAAUCCAACUAUUCAAAUGUAAAUUUGAAUGUGAGAUUUACCACACCUCGACAAUGCAAACAGUACUAAUUUGAAUAUUCGCCACCUCAAACCUGCCAAGUUCAUGUACAAGUUAAUGGCAGAGGUCCGUUGAGCCAUUUAGAGAUGUUAAUAGCCUUCCUGACAUUCAAGUUUUUUUCGGGAGAAAAAUUUGAUUCAUAUAAAUCAAAUAUGAUUCAAAUUUUCGGGUCGGGAACCAUUAGACCGAAUAUUAACCAUUACAUUUUUUUAUUAAAUAACCUCCCAGUUGAAUUGUGAAUAUAUUCGAAUUAGAUAUAGGUUAAUGGACCUCUAAGCUUUGAGAGGAUUUUUUUUUUUUUUUUUAAAUAAAAUCUGUAAACCUACGGUUAGUGGAAAUUUUGGUCUUGAAAAACUGUAGUGUGCUGCUGGAAGUUUUUGAGCAAUAUAAAUACAUAUUUGUUAUUGGAUUGUUCGUGAGACAUAGAACUUUCCAAAUCAGUUGUAAUUUUGUGCAUACAAUAAAAUGUGAUUUUUUCCCUA